AUGGCGCCUACAAAGAAACCCCAAUGGGAAACAAGUCCAACCCCCUCCGGCGACGACAUGAUCGACCCGGCGCUGUCAUUAGACACUGCUUCCACAGCUACAACAUCAACCAAGCGCAAGAGAGCAAGCAAGCCCAAGGUUCGAACAGCAAGUAAGAUACGGCGCGUAAAAUGCGACGAGACCAAACCCGCGUGCACGCGGUGCACAAGCACGGGACGGAAAUGUGACGGGUACGAUGGUGCGCCGCCGCCACGGCCGAAGAAGCCAGCAUCGUCGUCUCCAGAUCAGCUAGCAACUCCUUUUUCGACACCGACCACCGCAACGGAUGGGUACUCAGGAACGCGGCACGACUUAGCACGAAGUAGCUUCGCCGCCGCGUACCGGGGAAACUCGGCAUUGCAGAUCCUCCGCCCGCUGGCUGCCGACAUCGAAGGCACGGAAGAGGAGCGGUUGUACUUCCACCGAUUCCGGCAAGCGGCAGAAGCCGGGCUAGCCCUGCACGCGUCCAGCCUCGGGGCGUCGUUCUGGCGCCGCCUGGUGCCGCAAGUAGGACAUUCGGACCCGGCGGUGCGGCACGCGUUGAUCGCGCUGGGAGCCGCGUACGAAAGCAUGCAGCUGCAGCAAGGACAACACCAACAAGAGCAGAACUACCAAAUGAUGAGAAUGAAACAACCAGCACCGAGGAUGUCCCCACGAGGCGGCAGUCCAGCCGAACCAUCAUACUUUUCAACACCACCGCCCGAGGAUACUUACCAGUGCGCGGAUCAGUUAGAAUUAUUCAUGAUCCAGCAGUACAACCUCUCAAUAUAUCACCUACAACGACACGUGCAGCCGGGGUCGUCGUCCGAAAGCGUCGAGACUACGCUCAUAUGCUGUCUAAUAUUCGUCUGCAUCGAGACGUCCCGCGGCAACGAGGCAGCGGCGUUAGCACAUGUUGCCAACGGCCUACAGAUUAUCAAAGCUUUGCCGCCGGAUUCGAAUUGCAGCGGACGGAACAACGAAAGCAGAAGCAGCAGCAAUCAGGGGGGGUAUGGUAGUAGUAGUUCGGCUAAUGGUCUCCCGCCGCGAAUAUCACGUUCCGACUGGCGACAACUUCUCGAUUUCUUCCUUACCCUCGAACCUAGCACCGCCACGCAUGACUUCAGCACUAGCCAGCCAGAAAGUCUGUCAUGUCCACUUACUGCCACCUGGGAGAAUCCACCGGAGUGGUAUAGUGAGAUGAUAUCGCAGUGGGAAAUUGAGGCGGCCGAGGGAGAAAUGAGACAUUGA